CACUGUAGCAAAAGAAUCUCAAAAAACGCAACAAAAAUUUCACCGGCUCGCAUUUCUCCUGCCCUUUGCGUCCCUCAUUUUCCUGGGAAAAUUUCUUGCAGCCCCAUGAUUUCCGUGCGAGGACCGAAGUAAAAGCCCUAGCAUUCUCUGAUCAUUCUGGAAAAAAAAAAAAAAAAAAUUAAAGGACUAAGACUUGCAUGCGGUUAAAAUUAUGGCACAUGAUACACGAUCUAGUCUGAAAAUGAAGGAUGAUGAGGAUAGUAAUUCAAAAGGGAGGCAAAUCAAUAGUAAAGGUUCAAGCACUUCAGGUUCUGGAGCAUUAGAUACAACUGGAUUAAGGAGGUCUGCUAGAGAAACAUCGUUGAAGAAGAACAUAACAUUGAGCCCUUCUAGUACUAGGAAGUCUGAAAGACUCGAGAAAAAAAGUUCUGAAACUCCUCCAUCCAAGAGGAAAUCUGAGAGAUUUGAGAAGAAGUUGACUCCAAGUCCAUUGAGGAUUUCUAAUAGAGUCAAGAAUCACUCAUCAGAUUCUUCUAGGCCUAAAAAAUCUGAGAAAAGCUCAGGUUCAUCAUUUAUGAAACGGAAAGGGGAACAAAAAGAGAAGAGUGUGAAAGAAUUGACAGAGGCGGCUAGAGAAGUGAGCAAAAGUGUAGGAUCUGGCCGUGUGAAAAACAAGAUAAGAAAUGCUCGAGCUUAUAAGGCACUAUUCAUGAAACAAAGAAAGAAGUUUAAAGCACAAGGUCAUAGCGAGGAGCAGAGCAGGCAGAAUAAAGUUUCUGAGGGAGGCCGCAACGAUUGUGGAGGCACGGUUGAUGGGCUCUGUAAAGGUGCUGAAGCAGUGGAAUCUGAUUCCACUGUACAUAAAUUUACAAAAGAAACAGUGGAAGAUAAUCAGGGAGGGGACUUGUCCCACUCAAGCCCAAGGCCUAGCUCCAUGGAGGAAGCUUCUGAGUUUGGAAAUGGUGAUGGCUUAGAAAUUUGUGGUCAACAGCCAUUGCCAUCAUCUUAUAAUGCCACGACGAAAGAGAUCAGUGAUGCACCUGCAAGGGUACAUGUGGAUUGCCCUGGUGAGGAACAAUUGAAGAUGCCAGAGUUGACAGGUUCUACAGUCAAUGGAAGUGUAGACAAUCUCCACAUGAGCUCGGAAACUGGUCAUUGUGUUACACCUUCAAAGAGAAAAAGGAACAUGGAGGAUGAGGGUACCUAUUCUUCUGCAGUUAAUGCAAGUAAAGAUAUCUGCACCUUGAUUGCAGAUGCCAUCUCCCCAUUGCCAUCUGGGUCCACAACGGAUGCUUCUGUUGGGACUUGCGGUGUAUGUUUGAAACGACGAAGGAUGGAAAAUGAUCCAACGAAGCUGGAGUGUUGCUCUUGCAGCACAAAAUUAAAGCAGGAGUUAUGUGGUACAUAUGGAACUGAGGUGCAUCCUGAUAGAGGAGAACUCACAGCUGAUAGUACCACAGAUGUUCCUGAAAAGCUUAAUGGUAUGCAGCAAAAAGAGUUUUCUGUAGACUUUCAAACAAAUGGCGACCAAAAUACAUGCCUCAUCUGUUCUCUUGGUGGGAAGCUCUUGUGCUGUAAUGGAAAAGGAUGCUGGACAAGCUUACAUCUUUCUUGUCUAGAUCCUCCUAUGGAUGAUGUUCCUCUUGGACGUUGGUACUGUCCCAUGUGUGUUAGAAAAAAGUUGGAAUCUGGUAUAUAUUCGGUGUCAGAGGGAAUAGAGUCAAUCUGGGAUGCUAGAGAAGUAGAGGUAUCUAAUGUUGAUGGAUUGCAAAAGAGGAAGGAAUUUUUUGUUAAAUACAAAGGUCUUGCUCAUAUUCACAACCAAUGGGUACCAGAAAGUAGAGUUCUUCUUGAAGCUCCUACUCUUGUGGCAAUAUUCAACCGAAAUAACCAGGUCACAAGGUGGAGGAAAGAGUGGACAGUUCCACAUCGGUUGCUACAAAGGAGAUUGUUAAUGUCUUCCAAGCAGCGUGAAAACUAUCUUGGGGAACAUAUUGGUGAUAACUUAUUUUGUCAGUAUGAAUGGCUUGUGAAAUGGCGCGGUCUUCAUUAUGACGAUGCUACUUGGGAGUUAGAGAAUGCUGCAUUCUUUGAUUCACCUGAGGGUCAGGGCCUUAUAAGAGAUUACGAAAGCCGCCGGCAGACAGUGAAGAAGUCCUCUAAAAUGGAUAAGAUACUUGAGAAAAAAAAGUGUUCAACAGUUAAUUUAUCAGAACUGCUAGCCGGAGAUUCAUCCAGACUUGAUAAUACAUGUCUAGAGAACAUUAACAAGCUACGCAAGCUCUGGCACAAGGGUGAGAAUGCUAUUGUUGUUGAUGAUAAGGAACGAAUUGUGAAGGUGAUUGCAUGUAUUAAAUCUUUGCAGUCUGAUGCCUAUCAACCUUUUCUGAUCAUCUCAACUCCUUCUACACUUCGUUAUUGGGAUGAUGAGUUCUCCCGUUUGGCACCAUCUAUGAAUGUUGUGGUUUACAGUGGAAAUAAAGAUUUACGGAGAAGUAUUAGGUCAAUAGAGUUUGAUGAGGCUGGUGCCAUUUUUCAAGUACUUGUUACCUCACCAGAUGCUAUUAUUGAGGAUAAAAAUGUAUUCGAACACAUUGGAUGGGAAACUAUCAUAAUUGAUGCAUGCCAGCACCCUACAAUCUCUACACAGUUGGUGCAGAUUAAGAUGCUACGUACCCGUAAGUGGCUUCUCCUGGUCAGUGGAGUACUUAAGGAGAGCAGUCCUGAGUACCUCUGUUUGUUGUGUCUCCUUGAUUCUGACAGCGAUUCACAAACUGGUGAUCACUUCCUAAGCAGUUGCACUGACAUUAUUGUUAAAUUAAAGGACAGGCUUUCAAGGUAUAUUUCUCAUGGAUGCGAACAUGACUCUCCCAGGUUUAGAGAGUAUUGGGUUCCUGUACAGAUAUCAACCGUCCAGCUAGAGCAGUACUGUGAAAAUUUACUGUCAAACUCCACAUUAAUUCUCUCAUUGGCAAAGAAAGAUCGUGUUGGAGCAGAUAUAACUUUAGCAGACAAAAAUUUAUCAAAAAAAGCAGUCUAUGAUGUAACUCUAGCUGCUCGGAAGUGCUGUGAUCACCCCUACAUUGUGCAUCCACCAUUACAAGCCUUGCUUACUAAAGACCUCCAAGCAGCUGAGUAUUUGGAUGUAGGAAUCAAAGCAAGUGGCAAGCUUCAGCUUCUUGACGUGAUGCUUAAGGAGAUAAAGAAUCGAAGUUUAAGAGUACUUAUCCUGUUCCAGUCAAUUGGUGGUUCAGGAAAAGCAUUUUCUCUUGGAGAUAUUUUGGAUGAUUUCCUGCGCCUAAGAUAUGGUGAAAAUUCCUAUGAACGCGUCGAAUGCGGUGUCCUUCGGUCUAAGAAAGAUGCUGCUAUGAACAUGUUCAACAAUAAGGAGUCUGGUAGAUUUGUGUUCUUACUGGAGGCUCGUGCUUGUCUCCCCAACAUCAAACUGUCAUCAGUUGAUACUGUGAUCAUAUUUGGUAGUGACUGGAUUCCACAUAAUGAUAUAAAAGCCCUGCAAAAGAUAUCACUUGAUUCCCGGUUUGAACACAUAAAAGUAUUUCGCUUAUAUUCAACUUGUACGGUGGAGGAGAAAGUUCUAGUGUGUGCAAAACAGGGGAAGAUUCUUGAUAGCAACAUACAGAAUAUGAGCAGUAGUAUGCUUCUGUGGGGGGCACCUUAUCAACUAGAUAAACUAGAUGAGUUCCAUGGCUGCAACAGCCCAGCCUCUACUAGAAAUAUCUUGUCUGAAGAAUCACUUCUGAAAGAUGUCGUCCAGGAGCUCUUCUCCAUACUUCCUCAGGAUGGCAAGAACACUGGCUCAUGUAAUUAUUCUACGAUUUUAAGAGUUCAACAAACUGGAGGAGCUUACAGUACGGAGGUUCCGUUGCAAAGCGAGAUGAAAAAUGAAUAUACUGGUGAAGGGCAGCCUCUUAGUUUUUGGACAAAACUGUUGGAAGGAAAGCAUCCUCAGUGGAAAUAUUGUUCUGGUUUGUCUCAGAGGAAUCGGAAACGGGUACAACCUUUUGAUGAGUUACCAAAGAAACAAGAAAUUGUAAAAAAACGAGGGAAGGUGGUAAAUAGUAAUGAUAAUGCACCCUAUCUGAAGCCUGGAUCAGAGGUGAAAUCAAUUCCUGGAUCCAAGGAAGGAACUUCUGUGGCUGCAGCAGAUAAUUUGCCUCAUUCUUCUCACCAGUCAACUGCUUGUGCAAAUAAAGUAACUGAUGAAAUUCGUGAUUCCACUUCAGAUAAUGUGAAUACUCCGGAAAGUAACACGCUUGAGUCUGAAGAGAGAAGAAAAUUGUGUGAUGCCCAGAAGAGUCUCCAUCAACUUCUGAAGCCAGAUAUAUUAAAACUAUGUGGAAUCUUACAAGUCUCUGAUGCUGUCAAGGUUAUGGUCGAACUUUUUCUCGAAUAUGUAAUGGGUAAUCACCGUGUUAAUAGAGAACCAGCGACAAUAUUGCAGGCAUUUCAGAUAUCUCUGUGCUGGAUUGCAGCUUCAUUUCUGAAGCAGAAAGUUGACCACAAAGAAUCUCUUUCACUUGCAAAGCAGCAUCUUAACUUCAAUUGCAAAAAGGAGGAGGCAGAGUAUGUUUAUUCGAUGCUGCGGUGUCUGAGAAGAACAUUUUUGCACAGUAUAGGCGCUUUUAAGGCUGCAGAAUCUCCAAAGCUUUCUAAUUUAUCAAGUAAAGAUGUUUUGAAGAAUUCUGAUGCGAAGGCUUCACAGUCAUUAACUUCUAAUUUGCAGCACAUUAAAUCAGACAUUAAAGACUUGCCACCGAGUCAAGAAUAUUUUGCACAAGAAGAUGUCUCAAAAAGUAUUAAAGAAAUUCAGAAAAAGCUCCAGAAGAAGAUGAAAAAACUUAUUGAUAAGCAAAGCAAAGACAAAAUUGAAGUUUUGCGAACUUAUGAGGAAGAAAAGGGGCGUCUAGAAAGAGAGCUUAAAGCAGAGACAAUUGUUAUUCGAUCUUGCUUUCAGAAUAAUACAUCAAUGAGAACGGAUAAGCUUAAGAUGUUGGAAAAGAAAAUAGAAGAAAAUAACAUCCAGAUGGACCUACGUCUUGAGCAUCUUGAGGUAUCACAGCUGGAAGCAAGGAGUAAACUGAGGGAGAUGGGGAAACGAUGGGUAGAGGAAGUGCAAUCCUGGGCUCGUGCUGAAUUGUUAGAUAGAUCACCCUCAGAUACACUUGACCCUUGGUUGGAAUGCUCAAGAACUAGUGAAUGUCAAAGUAGUGAAGAUCACGAAGAUCUUGCCACUUUAAGAGUCCAUGACUUUGACAGUAUUGUGCAUAGCGUGGCGGGGGGAGUUAAAGCACCAUCUCCAACUGCAGACAGUGUUCCUGCUGAAGCUGUAGCACAUAAUGCCCCCAUUAGAACCGAGGAGGAGACCCCAGCUAGGCCACUUGGUGCAUUAGAUAUUACUUCUGAGGCGGCUUCAUCUAGUGGUUUCAUGGGUAAAAACAAAGCUGAGAGUUCUAGUGAUGUUCAAGAGAGUUUUGUAUCUGUGAAUCCUUGUGCCAAAGCGCAAAUUACUGACGGAGGUAUUGCAUGUAGUGGGGUGCUGGAUGUAUCUGUGAAUCCUUGUUCAAGUCAUAGCUCGCAAAACGUCGUUUCUGUGAGGGCACCUUCACCAGAAGAACAAAACCAUGUAGCGAAGCAAACCAUGCCAGAUAAAGAGAUCAAAUCAGGAGCGCUUGAGACUGUCAGUUCAAAUGAUGGACAAGGGAAUCUUGUCUCAGUGGAUCCACUUGCUGAAGGACAGAUGCUUGGAAAAGUGACAGAACAUGAGACUGUCAAUUCCAGUCAUGAUUUGCAUGACGUUUCUGUGAGCCCACCUCCAUCUGAAGGACAAACCCAUGAAUUGACAGUAACCGUACCAGAUAAAGAGGUUCAUUUGGGCGUGCUUGAGAAUGUCAGUUCCAAAGAUAGCUUGGAAAGUUGUGUCUCUUUGAAUGCACCUUCAUCUGAAGAAGAAAUCCCUGAAAAAUCAACAGAACGUGAGCCUGUCAUUUCAAGUCAUGGUCUCCACCAUGUUCCGCCUAUGUCACCUGCCUCUGAAGAACAAAUCCAUGAAGUGACAGUAGCCAUGCCAGAUAAAGAGGUUGAUUUGUCAGUGCUGCAGACUGUCAGUUCAGAUGAUGAGCAAGGGAAUCUUGCAUCUGUGGAUCCACCACCACCUGAUGAACAAAUCUGUGAAAAAGCUACUGAAAAAGAAUCCAGUGAAGUGGAUCUUAUGGCAUCUGAUAGUGCACCAGGGGCUUUCCAGCAGAAUGGAGUUGAUAUUGUGACCAAUGUAAACUCUGAUCAGGAAAUGCCCCUGGUAAAUUCACCUAGAGUGCAGCCUGUGGCCUUGGUUACUGGUUGUUCAGCGACACUAGAUCAGGCAUAUCAAGACAUAGGUACUCGGAUAGAAACAUCUGAUGCAGAGCAAGAAGAUGCAGUAUCCAGCGAACAGCAGAAUACUUCCCAAACGGAUGAAAAUAUCACACCCGAAUCUGCUUCAACCGUAGCAUCCAAUCUGCCGCCUAAUCAUGAAUUGCCAGACAUUGAACCUGUAGUGCAACAGCCAUCCUAUUAUGCACCUGAUAAUAGUGCUUCUGAGUUAUCUUCAGCUGGUGGAGUCGAAAUUCAGCCUGGUGAAGACCGUACCUCUAACCAAAUUUCCCAUGCUCCGGUGGAUCUUGUUGAGAAUAUUUCCGAUCUUUCAAAUCAAACUGUUUUGCGGCCUGUCACAUCCUCUACUAGUGAAUUUGGACUGCCAUUUUCAGACACAAGGGCUACACCUGUUACUUCUGCAUUUAAUAGUCGUCCUAUAAAUGCUGCACCCCAAGGGGGAUCUCGAGCGCCUCUGCCUUCAUACACUGACCCGCUUCAAUUUGAAUUGGAAAGAUUGAAUAAACAGACAGAUCAUAUUCUUAAGUCUCAUGAAGAUGCGAAGCUACGACUGAAGGGUGAUUGCGACAAGGAAAUAGAGGAGGCUGUUGCUGAAAUUCGACGAAAAUAUGAAGUUAGAUCUCAAGAGAUUGAGGCUGAAUUUCUCCUCAAAAAGGAGGAGUUGGAUUCAAUACACCACAAAGUUUUGAUGAACAAGAUUUUGGCUGAGGCUUUCCGGUCUAAAUGCAUGGAUCUUCGGGCAUCAGGUGCAUCUGGACUGCAGCAAGAUGGGAAUUCCAGUUUUGUUCAGCAGCUGGUUCAGCUAUCUAGACAUGAUACACAGAGAAAUUCUCCAGUUGCUAGUUCAUCUUUGGCCAGCACUCCUGCAGCUAACCUGCACACUUCAACUGCCCCCUUACCCAGCCCACCUGCACCUGCAACAAUUCCUCUUUCAACUUCUCCUAUUCCAAGUAUCCCAGCAAGACCACCGCAUAUCAGUUCCAUCUCCUCCACAAGAACCGCCCAAGGUGGAGGUGAGAUUCGUGCCCCGGCCCCACAUCUUCAACCGUUUAGACCUUCAACUUCCAUGUCUAAUCAGCAGUCCAAUAGCAACUCCCCCGCAACGCCUCCCUCACUUCCUCAUAUUCCACGUCCUCCAGCUCCUGCACAGCAAUCUGUUCCUAAUACUAGUGCCCGUCAGCCUGAAAGUCCAGGGGAUCUGUCAGCUCUUCGUAGAUUAUCUGCUUUGGGGUUGCUUAUGAAUAUGAACUCUCGGUCUGGUGCAAGUCCACCAGGUGGUUCGCCCUCACGCCCAAAUUUGGUCUCAAACCGUGCCACAUCGAACCUUUCUACUCCUCCCAUUACAGGAAGUGCUCGUACGAGCCCAGUAAAUUCAGGUGGACCCGCCGACAUAGUUUGUUUAUCAGACGAUGACUAACCAGUUAUAAGAUACCAGUUCCUAAUUUCUCAGAAAAUCAUUUUACCACGUCUCUUCCUUCUCUGGGUAAUGCGCCGGGGUUGUGACUUUUGACAUGCCCUAGGGAGAGGCAGGCGUGUUGUAAUGCUGUCCUUGCUGCUGGGAGGUCGUAGCUGUACAUUUUGAGAUGCCUUGCGUUCAAAUGAUGGUAAUGUAAAUUCAAAUUAUGUAGUUAGUUCGUACUCUUAUGUUUCAGCCGAGCGUAAAUCGGUGUCAAGGGCCAAAUUAGUUUGUACAACGCUGUCGGCACAAGUAGAACAUUUUCUGUAUCUCACCUCAACUUCAUUCGUAUGGCUUAUUUCCUGAA